UGUCUAUGCUGUGAUGUCAUCUGCCGGAAGAUGCAGCUUUACUGCGCUGUGACUGUAUUCCAGAGAAAGGCGUUUGACAGCUUGUCGGAAUAAAAGGAAAUGGGAGCGAGGGGAUAGCAUUACUCAUCUCCAUGGAGCGCCGUAUAACGAGCCAUCCUUCAAAUAUCCCGUUUUAGAGAAAAUGGUGCCCAGUUCAACGACUGGUUAAUAACAGACAGCCUGAUUUUUGCCCCAUUACAGUCAUAAUACAGUGAGCGUCGACCUUGCUGGUGUGGCCAUGAAUCCGGCGGAACAAACGGUUACUUGGCUCAUUACCCUCGGGGUUUUGGAAUCACCGAAAAAGACUAUUUCGGACCCCGAUGGAUUUCUGCAGGCUUCGCUGAAGGAUGGGGUCGUCCUGUGCAGGUUGCUGGAGCGGCUGCGUCCAGGCACUACUGAUAAAAUUAUUCAAGACCCCAAGAACGACAGUGAGUGCUUGAGCAACAUCACGGAGUUUCUGAAGGGCUGCGCGGUGUUUCGCGUCGAGCCAUUUGAGGCUGGUGACCUGCUUCAGGGCCAAAACAUCAGCAGAGUCCUCACUACACUGGUUGCCCUCAAUAAAGUAACUGCAGAUAUUGGCAUUGGCAGUGACUCUGUAUGUACGCGUCACUCUUCCGCCCACCGGAUCAAGUCCUUUGAAUCGCUGGCCUCCCAGUCUUCACUGGGCCGAUCUUCUAAAUUGCUCCAUAACCAGUUUCGCAGCCUUGACAUGACGGAUAACAGCAACGCUCAGUUAGUGGUUAAAGCUCGCUUCAACUUCCAGCAGACCAAUGAGGAUGAGCUUACUUUCAGCAAAGGCGACCUUAUCAGUGUCACUCGCACAGAAGAAGGGGGUUGGUGGGAAGGAAUCCUCAACGGCAAGACGGGCUGGUUUCCGAGCAAUUAUGUCAAAGAGGUCAAAGGGUCUGACAAACAGGUGUCCCCUAAAUCUGGAAAUCUUAAAAGCCCUCCCAAAGGUUUUGAUACCGCAUCCAUCAGCAAAACCUACUACAACCUGGUGCUACAGAACAUUUUAGAAACUGAAACAGAGUAUUCAAAGGAGCUCCUGAACCUUUUGACCAGCUACCUGAGACCUCUACAGAUGACAGAAAGACUGAGCCCUGCAGAUGUAAGUGUCAUUCUCGGGAACCUGGAGGAGAUCAGCACUUUCCAGCAGACUCUGGUCCAGUCACUGGAGGACCUCACCAAGCUUCCAGAGCUGCAGCAGAAGGUGGGAGGCUUCUUCCUCAACCUCAUGCCUCAGAUGAGGUCUCUUAAUGUGUCUUACUGCUCCAACCAUCCGUCGACAGUCAAUGUUCUCACCUUUCACAGUGAAGAACUUGGGGAGUUCAUGGAGGGCAGGGGUGCAUCUGUACCCGGUAUUCUCACACUAACCUCUGGCCUCAGCAAACCCUUCAUGAGACUGGACAGAUAUCCCACAUUACUGAAAGAGCUGGAGAGACACAUGGAGGAGGGUCAUCCAGACAGGACGGAAAUUCAAAAAUGUAUGACCGCCUUCAAGAAUCUAUCUGCACAGUGUCAGGAGGUGCGGAAACGCAAGGAGCUGGAGCUUCAGAUACUGGCAGAGACCAUUCGUCUGUGGGAGGGCGAGGACAUCAAGACUUUGGGUUCAGUGCUGUAUAUGAGUCAGGCUAUGGUACAGAACCACGGUUGUGAGGAGAAGAAUGAGCGUUACCUUUUGCUAUUUCCUCAUGUUUUGCUCAUCCUGUCUGCCAGUCCAAGGAUGAGUGGCUUCAUCUACCAGGGCAAGCUACCUUUGAGUGGGAUGACUGUGACCCCAUUAGAAGACUGUGAGAGUCAUAAAAAUGCUUUUGAGCUCUCGGGAAGCAUGUUUGAGAGGCUUCAGGUGAUCUGCUAUAACAAGCAGGAUUUCCACGACUGGCUUGAGCAUCUGAACCGACAGACGAAACACACCACCAUGGCAGCACCCAGCAUGAAACCCCUCACUGUCCCCUGCCACACACUCCCGUCUCACCCUCUGACGCCCUCCAGACAUGGAGAAAGCCGGGGCUUAACUGUUGCUCCUGCCUACCACACCCUACCGCACCCCUCCUCCCAUGGUACCCCUCACAGCACUAUGAUGUGGGGCCCGCUGGAGCCCCCAAAAACCCAGAAGCCCUGGAGCCUGAGCUGCUUGCGUCCAGCACCUCCACUCAGGCCCUCAGCUGCUCUCUGCUAUAAAGAGGACCUCAGUAAAAGCCCCAAGACUAUGAAGAAGCUGCUGCCCAAGAGAAAGCCUGAGAGGAAGCCGUCUGACGAGGAGUUUGCACUGAGGAAGAGUACUGUAGCUCUAGAGGAGGAUGCUCAGAUCCUGAAAGUGAUCGAGGCCUACUGCACGAGUGCCAAAACCAGACAAACGCUCAACUCAACAUGGCAAGGCACUGAUCUCAUGCACAACCACGUUUUGGAUCAAUCCAGCGCGGAUUCUCUGGGCCGCCGUAGCAGUAUCUCGAGGCCCGAGGCCACUUCUGACCUCUCAGAGGACUCUGACUAUGACAGUAUAUGGACGGCCCACAGUUACAGGAUGGGCUCUGUUACCCGUAAGAGCUCCUACAUCUCCCACCAAAAUUAAUCUCCCCUCACUACUAUUUCAAAUGAUAUUUAUUUGAAACUAUUUAUUUAUUUAUUUGAUGCCCUGUCAUGAUGCAUAUUUAUUUUGUUCAUUUUUAUAUUUAUUUAUUUAUCUAUCAGUGUUGUUUUAAUCACACCUCAUCAUUUUCUGCAUAUAUACUGUAUGCACUUUCCCAAAGCAGUUCCCUGUUGCCUUGACAUCUCAACUCCCAAGAACCACCAACCUCACACAACCUUUUUUUUAACGUUGUUUGCAUCGCAUACAGUAUUUAUUUAAGUGUCCUUUAAAAAUGUUUGUAUUCCUUCAUUCCCUGAAGUAUUGAAUUAUUAACGCUGUUGAAGGUAUAAUGCACUCAGAAGGCAACAUGGAGAGAUUCUGCUGUAAAAAGGAGAAAAGAUUAUAAAUCUCUUACAAUGUCUGUAAAUAUUAGAGUAUUGUCAUUCAUCUGAAAUAUGUGGUAUUUACUUGGACUCUGUUUACUGAAUGUGACGAUUAGAUUGAGCUGAAUAAAUGAGUUCAUGAAAUUCAUAUUUAUGGAUCUCAGAUGGCACCUCGGACAGUAUUACUGAGGACGUUUUGUUGAUAAUUGUGUGACAUAAAUGUAUUUAUUUUCAAUUUGUAAAUGUAUUUUGGACUUUUUGUAUGCUUGUAUCUAACAUGUAAGUUUACAGUGGUGUCUAUAGUGAAAAGUAUGGAAGUUUACAAAAAAAGGUUGACUUUAAUGUUGGUUGAAAUUCUAUUCCAUUUAAAUCAGGUGUGUGGAUGGUACUAGUCAAUAGUUCCUCACCAUUUAAUCAAGACUCUGUCAAAGCCUCAGUGUUUGAUGCUUUUCUCUUAUGUAUGACUCGUUUCUGAGACGAAGAAAGCCGACUUGCCAAUUAUUUCAAGAAUGACAGAGUAUAGUUCCUCUUGUUAUGUGAUUCCUUGUGACCAAGUUCUAUUCUGUGGUUCAAAAAAUAUAUGAACAAGAACAAAAUGUGAAUAUUUACUACUUUUUUUUGUCGGUUGUUUCAUGCAGAUAUUCUUAAAAUCGCUCAACGGAGAUACUUAAGUGAUGUUUACGUGGUUUGAAGACAUUAAUGUGUUUGUUAUAUAUAUGCAGAGUCAAAUAUAUGACAACAUGCCACAAACAUUGUAAUAUACAUUUGAAAUAAAUCUUGGGUUGUUUUGUA